GAGGACGGGUUUCUCGAUUCAAAGCACAGUCCGAUGCGAACUUGCCUUGUAUGGACCUCAUCGCGACAUACAUGCCGUUUGGACCAGGGUAUGUGUACGUCAAAUCCAAAGGUGAUGAAAGAAAUAAUAUAUUCAAUGAUGUUAGUGAACAAACCGAUAGAGUUAUUGACAGCUUUUUGGAAAUGAUGUCAGAAUUAGAUUGGAUGACGAUAAAAUCCAAAAAUAAAGCUCGAGAAAAAGCAAAAGAAAUGAAGAAGAGCUAUGGAUGGCCAAAGGACCUUUUCGGCGAUUUUAUAGACUAUAGCAAAAUUGAUGAGUACCAUUAUCACGAUUAUAACGAAAUUAUUGAUCGAUACAAAAACAAUAAGACUCAUAACUACUAUCAAAUGAGAGCCAUUAUGAUCAAGGGAUACUCGAAUCGAGAAUCACUGCGUUUGAUUAAAGAAAAACCGACAAGAACGAGGUUCAUGUUAUCUCCUGCUAUAGUGAACGCUUUCUAUCAGCCGGAAUCGAACUCCAUAACUUUGCCUUAUGCAAACUUUAACCCACCAUUCUACAACUAUGCUCGCAACUCACCCCAAAUCCAAGCUUAUAACUAUGCCGGUGAACAUGCAAUCGCCGGGCACGAAUUAGUACAUGGUUUCGAUGACGAAGGUACAUUUAAUAGUGAGAUACCGUACCUGCUUGAUUUCCUUACAGGAGUUCAAUUCGGUUCGGAUGGAAGUUUGAGUGAUUGCGGUUGGAAUGAAUGUGGGUGGAUGGAUGGUGCGUCAAAGGAAGGUUUCAAGGAUAUGGCACAAUGCGUAGUUUCGCAAUACAACACUCAAUGUUGUCCUCAGAAGAGUGGAACGACGAUGUGUGCUAAUGGUGUUACGACUCAAGGAGAAAAUAUCGCCGAUCUUGGAGGUUCGCUCUAUAGUAUUCUUCUUGCUUUUGAGAGAUACAAAACAAUCAAAUCGGCCAUAUCAAUACACUUAAUCCGAUCGUUAAGACUACCCGGACUUGAGCAAUAUUCACCAAAUCAACUGUUUUGGAUUACACAUGGUUUUGGUUGGUGCGAAACUCGUUCGGAAGAAAAUAUGAUCAACCAGCUUCUUACCAAUGUUCACUCCCCUGGUAUUUGCCGAGUCGAGCAAGUCGUGCAAGACAUUCCGGCGUUCGCGAAAGAUUUUGGCUGUACAAUGGGUCAGAAAAUGUAUCCCACACCUGAGCAGAGGUGUAAAGUAUGGGUUCAAGAGUAAUA